AGAUCAAUGUCAAUGAUAUACCAAGACUUCUGAGAGACAUGGGGAUUGAACUCACUAAGAGUGAAGAGAAGAUGUUACUUCAUGCCCUCCCCAUGGAUGAUGAUAGAAUGGUAUAUCAAAACAGAGUGCUGGAAGAAGUGAAGUCUAUGAAAGGAGGAAUGGUUAAAGUCAAUAACCUAGACACUGUCCUGGGAAGUCUAGGCAUUGAGCUCACAGAUAAAGAACAUGAAAGUCUGACAGAAAAUCUACCACUUACAGCUGAUGGAAAGAUUCAUCUUGACAAAGUGCUAGAAACAGUGGAAGCUAUUACAGGAGGAGACAUUGGAAUCAGUGAUAUGGGAUAUGUUUUGAAGGAAAUGGGGAUAACUCUCACAGACCAGGAAUACAAAGCACUGCUGGAACAGCUCCCCAUCAGCGCUAAUGAAAAAGUCCACAAGAACAUGAUAAUGGAUGGUUUGAAAUCACUUAAUCGUGGGUUUGUUAAUGUCGAUAAAAUUGAAAAUAAUUUGAAAAAUUUGGGGUGGAAACUCACAAAGGAAGAAAUUAAGGAUCUGAAGCAAAAUGUGCCUGCCGAUGUACAUGGAAGAAUUGCAAUGAAUAAAUUGCUUAAGGAAUUAAAAGCAUAUACAGGACCAAAGAUUGACAUAAGAUUUCUUCCUGCUUUGAUAAACAAAAUGGGCCUUGAGCUGACAGAUAAGGAGCGAAUGAAGCUGAUAAGUGAGCUGCCUGUCGAUGAAUCUGGGAAGAUCUAUAAAAACAGAUUGUUGAAUGGAAUAAAGUCUUUCAAAGGAGGAAAAGUUAGAGCAGAUAAAAUCAACACUGUUCUAGAAAAUCUUGGAAUCACACUCACAGAAAAGGAGCUUGAUCAUUUGAAAGAAAAUCUGCCAGUGAGCGGUGAUGGGAGAGUUAAUUUCCAAGACUUGAUGAAUGAAGUAAAAAUUGUCACAGGAGAUGAAGAAAACAUCAAAGAUGUGAAAAAUAUUCUAGAAGACAUGGGAGUACAGCUCACACAACAGGAAUACACAGAACUGUUGAAAAAUCUCCUUGUUGGAGUUGAUGGGAAUUUCUACCUUAAUAGACUGAUGAGUGCCCUGACGUCUCUUAAAGGAGGGAAGGUUGAUGUCAGAAAACUGGACUCAAUGAUGAAAAACAUGGGGAUGAAAGUUUCCGAAACGGAAUUUGAGGACUUGAUCAAGAGCUUACCAGUGGAUGCUGGAAAAGUUGAAAUGAAAAAGUUGAUCAACACAAUGAAAAGCUUUACAGGUAACAAGGUUGCUAUGGACGAUCUCCAAGACUUUCUGGGAAACAUGGGCAUUGAGCUCACAGAAGAGAUGCUCUCAGAUCUGCAGGAAACCCUGCCUGUGGACGAUGCUGGAAUGGUAUUUCAGAAUAGAUUGUGGAAUGAAUUGAAGUAUCUGAAAGGCGGGAAAGUUGAUGUCUAUAACAUAGACACCAUCCUGGAAAACAUGGGGAUUAAGCUCACAAAUGAGGAGCUUAGAAGCCUAGAAGAAACCCUGCCAGUUGACGGUGAGCACUACAGAACAGCUACAUGUCUUUUGUUGUGUCCUCACUAAGCUAUACAAGGAUUUCUAGUUGUUUUCUUCUUCCCCUCAAAAAGACAUUGGAGGAACAUAAAAAGAAAUCCUAUUAUUUUGUUAAGACCCAAAGUCAUCAAUCCCAUCUCAAAGUAGUUAAGAUAUGCUUGAGAGUUACCUCAAAAAAAAGUUAAGGAACAGAACAGAUAUUCAGAGACCUUAAUAAACAGUAGUCCUCAGCCA